UUGAUCAGAUAUUUGUCUCUGAAUAGUUAAGCAAUAUACUAGCACUUAAUGGUUCAGAUCUCUUACUGGUUCAGCAGUUGAUGGUUCAGACCUCUUACUAGUUCAGGGCACUCCAAGAGGCGACGACCUUCAUGUUUGCUGGCUUCACUCCUUCAGCCGUGCGACCGGCUUCCGCCGCACCAAUUGUCUGCAACGCCGCUGUCGGCUGGGAAGACGACAAGUCCUAGAGAUUAAUUUUGGAUUGUAGAAGCUUGAAGAUAGAAGCAAUUGCGGUGGAAAUUAGAUCAUCAUACAUUUUCCCAAAGAAUGGAGCGGAAGAGGACGUUAAAGUUGAGCUGGGAUGAGCUUGAGGGAGGGGAGGAAGAUGACGAUCAGUUCUUUGAUCCCCGUGACAGGCUUUCAUGCGCUGUUCCUAUCGACUUGGCCACAUUUAAUUCACAAGAGGAAGAGGACGACGACGAUGAGUUCGAGGAUAGCCGGCUCUCUCUUUCCUCCACAUGCCUUGAGAUGGAGGAGAAUAAUCAUCAUCAUCAUCAUCAUCAAGAGGCCCCACAAUCUAUCAUGGGAGAGGAUUAUAGAAUGUGGAUGGCGGACCCCGGCGACAUCAAGGAGCGCCGCAAGCGCCUUCUCCAAGGCAUGGGCUUGGCGAGCUCACGAAUCGUCAGGGCCAUUUCAAGAAAGCCCUCACGUCUUCCGCCUCCCAAACCUUCUGCUUCUUCAUCCAAAAAUGAUAGCAAUAAGCCCGAAAAAGACAUGCCGAGGCAAGAAACUCUGAAUCCCCCCUCAGAUGAUACUCCUCCUCCCCAGGGGAAGGAGAAGGGAAGGGAGGUGGGGACAACAACAGAGUUUGUCCCCAUUGUCCUCGUUCGGUCAAGAUCGGAUGGGGACAUAGAAUACUCCUCCGUGGAAACGAAAAGGAGGAAAGAAGAAUUAAUCGGCCCCAUAUCCAAACAACGCCUAACAAGAACCUCAUCCGGAUUAAGAACCUACCGAACCGCCGGAAUUAGCAACCUCGCCGCCGGUCCGGUGAUUGUGGCAGCGCAACCGAAGAAGUGGAAAACCAGACGGCGGGCCCAGGCGAGCGCGACGGACGAAUGCUUUGGUUCGUUCUUCUUGAUAAAGAAUUUGGACACUGGAAAAGAGUUCAUCGUGAAGGAGUGCAAUGAGAACGGGAUGUGGAACAAGCUGAGCGAUCUCCAGACAGGGAAGCAGCUGACGAUGGAGGAAUUCGAGAAGCACGUCGGGCACUCCCGUUUGGUGAAAGAAUUGAUGCAUAGGGGAAGAAGAGACAAUAAGAUGGUAAACAUGAACUCAUAUAUCAGCAAGAGUUUCAGGUAUAGUAAGAAAACAAGCGUAGCUCUAAUGAAGAACAUAAAGGGAGUGGCAAACUCAAUGAGCUUUAAGGUGAUGAACGAGAAAGAUCAUAUGGACGAGAAGAAGCAGCAAAAGAAGAACUCAUCAUCGUCUUCGUCCGAGUGGAUUAAAGUCCAGCAACAGGGGAAAAGCCACAAGGAAUUCACGGGCUUGCAGCUGUGCCAAGAAAUCCAGGCGCACGACGGCGCAAUAUGGACCAUCAAGUUCAGCAAUGACGCCCGGUUCUUGGCAAGUGCCGGAGAGGAUAGAGUGAUUCACAUUUGGGAGAUUCAGGAGGUUGAGGUUGUUCGGCCGCCACCUCCGCCGGAGGAACGCGGUGGAGCUGCCACUCCUCUUCACCCGUCGUUGCUCGCCGGAAAGGGAAAGAGUGCUUCCACUAAGAAGAGGGAUAGUGUUAUCCCGGAGUAUGUGAGCAUGCCGGAGACUGUGUUCGCCUUCUCUGAGAAGCCCGUUUGUACUCUCAAUGGUCAUCAAGAUGAAGUUCUAGACUUGUCUUGGUCUAAAUCUCAGCUUCUCCUUUCGUCAUCAAUGGACAAAACGGUUAGGCUAUGGGACGUUGAAAACCAGAAGUGCCUGAAAAUGUUUGCACACAAUGAUUAUGUGACUUGCAUACAAUUCAAUCCGGAAAACGAUGACUAUUUUGUGAGCGGUUCACUUGAUGCCAAGGUUCGGUUAUGGAAUGUACCUGGCCGGAAAGUUGUCGACUGGACUGACCAGAAAAAUAUGGUCACUGCCAUUGCCUAUACCCCUGAUGGGUGUGAUAAUUGGCCUACAAAAAGGAAGUUGCAGGUUGUAUAGAAUCACUGAUUGCAAACUUGAACAAGAAGAGCAAGUUGAUAUUGAUCAAAAGAAGAAAUCCCAAAAUAAGAAGAUCACUGGUUUUGAGUUUUCCAAAUCAAACCCUUCAGAACUGCUCAUCACCUCUGCAGACUCCUAUAUUCGGAUCCAUGAUGGAACAAACUUUACCCAAAAAUUUAAAGGUUUCAAAAUCACGAGCAGCCAAAUCUCAGGAUCCC